GCGCAGGGAAUCACAGAAACUCAGCACCAAAGAUAUUGUGUCCAAGCUGCAUUAGGCAUAUACAAUCUAUAUUAUCACGGCCAAGCGCAGCUCCAGAGUAUAUAUCGCAACCUCCAGAUAAGCCAAAAUAAAGUCGGUAACAUACAGCGCCAAAUAGCCAUAGCAGAGCAAGAGCUACAACGAGAACGCGAUUCCAAUAAACUCUUAAACCAGGGUUUCAUAGAGCUCCAAGAAUGUCAUAGUAAGCUACUGGACGAUCACAAGAGCUGUAAAGGGCUUAACAUAGACCUCCAUCAAUCUACAGAGAAGUCAAAAGAAUUUGCUAAUAAAGUCUCUCAGCGAGCUGAAGGCCUAGUAAACAGUUAUCGAGCCAAAUUGGCUAGGAAUAAGGUAGGAGAGUUGCAGAAUAGUCAAACAAUUAGUGGGAUGAUUUUAGAGUCGGCGAAGAACGCUCUACUCAUAAAGGCGAUCUCUAGCCAGCAUCCAGAAGACGAACACUUCGCCAAGCUAAAAUAUAUCAUAGAUCAAAAUGUGGAUUUCCAGCAGCGCAACCUAGAACUCUCUAAAAUAAACGAGACUCUUUCCCAACAAGUCAGAAACAAUAAGGAUAAGAUAGCUAGCCUAAACAAGGCUUUAAAACUCACCGUUAAAGAUAGGCAACGAAGGAAACCACGAAGAGGAAAGAUGUCAGUUAGAAAGAACUAA